AUGCCAUGGCUAUGCCUAAAUUACAUACUUUUUAGCCAUGUGGCCAUCGCCAAUAAUAGGUAUAAAUCAAGACCUGAUCUCUCUCCACCCCGUCUCAAUAUCACCAUUCCUCCAAACCAUGGCCUAGAACGAGGAUACAUCUUCAUCGCCCCGUUCAAUGCCGUUUCCGAGCCGGCACAUCGAGCACCACAGCAGCCUGGUGCGUAUAUUUUCAGCGACGAUGGUGAGCUCGUCUGGUCCGGGUACACCUACUUCUCGACCUGGACAGGGAACUUCCAAGCCGCGCGGUGGAAUGGCCAGGAUGUUCUAGCUGCAUUCGAAGGUGCGCACAAUGGACUCUAUGGCCAUGGUCAUGGUCACCAUGUGCUCCUCAAUCAACGGUAUGAGACGAUCAAAGAACUCCGCGCGGGUAACCAUCUACUCUCCGAUAAACAUGAGUUCGAGAUCUUGAACGAAUCGACCGCUUUGAUCCAGAUCCAUCACCCGGAAGUGCGAGAUCUGAGCAAUUACACAUCCGACCGACGGCAACAUUGGAUUGUUAACGCAAUAUUUCAAGAAUUGAAUAUCAAUGACGGCAAAGUGUUGUUCGAAUGGAGAAGUCUAGAUCAUAUUGGCCCGGAGGAAUCUGCUCUCCCGCUUCCCAACAAUCAGGCGGGGAUUGGCCACAAUAGCUCUACUGCCUGGGACUAUUUUCACAUCAAUUCGGUGACCAAGGGCAUCGACGGUCACUAUCUUGUGUCCGCGCGUCAUGCCAGCACCAUUUACAAAAUUAACAGCACAGAUGGCAGUGUCAUCUGGCGACUAGGAGGGUCGCGAUCCGAUUUCGCCCUGGGCCCUAACGUAGAGUUUGGCUUCCAGCAUCAUGCCCGAUACCUUGAUCAGAUCGACGAUAACGGCGUGACAAGGAUAUCGCUAUUUGACAACGCCGUAUAUGGGUCUGAAAGUGGCGGUGGCGGUGACAAGGAGGUGCGGAUUUAUCCCUACUCCCGCGGCAAAAUCCUCAGUUUGAAUCAUGAUACUCGCUAUGCUUCCCUUGAGUCCUCGUUUAUUCCUCCUGAUCUACUGCUGGUGAAAUCACAAGGCUCACUGCAAGCCCUUUCCAAUGGGAAUGUUUUCAUAAACUGGGGCUCAGAGGGAGCGAUCACCGAAUUUUCUUCCGAUAGAGAACCUCUCUACCACGCAUAUCUGGACUCCCGACCGCUCAGUCGCGGCGAUGUGCAGAACUACCGGGCCUUUCGGGCAAACUGGACAGGCUUUUCCAGUGAAGAGCCCGCUGUGGUAGCCUUUCAGCGACAUGGGACCGAUUGGGGCAGCGGUGGAACCGAUAUAUACUUAUCAUGGAAUGGGGAUACAGAGACGGUCAAAUGGCGGCUCCAGCUGCAAGUGGAUUCCAGUGACGGCUUGCCGGUAGGGUGGAGCGAGGAUGUUUGGAACGGAGAACUCGAGACGAAUGUGACACGACGGGGAUUUGAGACAGUCCAUCAUGUACCCUUUGCAUUGCGGAGUAUUCGCGCACAAGCUAUCGCUGCAGAUGGAACAGUUCUUGCCUCGUCUACACGAGUGCAAAUACAGGCAUGGGAGGUCUAUCAAUACCUGCUCGAGGAGGACAACAUUGAAGUUGCUGAUCUGAAAGUCUCAUCACCUGGGUCGCGCCGGCGCCCGUUGCUGUUACAGAAAGCCGAUCAGUUGUGA